CCGGGACUGUAACCGGGACCCCGGGGCCACCCCAAACCCCCCGAACCCCCCCGGACUCUCCGCGACCCCCGGCCCGCCCUGACCCCGCCCUGACCCCGCCGCGCCCCCGGCCCGCCCCGCGCCCGCCCCCGGCGCCACCGCCGCUCCCGGAAGCCCCGGGCGGGCGGGGCGGGUCCGGGGCCGCCGCGGGACCGGAGCCGAGCGGGGCCGGACGGACCAUGGCGGGGGUCCCGGGGGAUGCCCCCCUGGCAGACGGCGCGGGGGGCUCGGGGCGCGUGCGGGCGCUGCAGCAGGAGGUGCAGGGGGUCACCACCAUCAUGAGCCAGAACCUGGAGAGGAUCCUGGCCCGCGGCGAGAACCUGGAGCAGCUGCACAGCAAGAGCCAGGACCUGGAGGCCACGUCGGAGCAUUUCCGCACCACGUCGCAGAAGAUGGCCCGGCGCUACUGGUGGAAGAACGUGAAGCUGCUCAUCAUCCUCGGCCUCGUGGGCGUCAUCGUCCUCAUCCUCAUCAUCCUCCUGGCCACCGGCACCAUCCCCACCUAGAGCCACCGUCCCCACGGGGACACGGCCGCCACAGGGCACAAAUACAGAUGGGGGAGAGCCAGA